UUAACUCUUUGGUUUCUCGGCAGUACAAGUCGACGCUACAGACUGAGAGGUUUUCCAGCGCUGUCAAUGUUUCGGCGGGAAAACGGCGACAGACUGUAAAAGAAACAGUAUAAAAUAUUUUCACGUAUACGUCACGCGAAUUAUUGUAUGUUACAAGCAUAUACGUAUAUUAUUUCAGUUGGUUUUGUAAAGACAUUCAAGGCUAUCCAUUUAUAAGUGCCCGUGCAGAAUUAUUUUAACUUUAUUUGUUAAAUAUGAGUUAUUUAGACAAAGUGGUAGGUCGUAAUAAAAUAGCUAGUGAAAAAUGUGGUUAUGAUAAUGCUGGAUUUAUUAUGACAGAAAAACAUGCCUGGCAUUCAGGGAAGCAGACACAAGGAAAUAACGGCAUGGCCGAGAUCGGAGUGUCGCAGGCGGCGCUGGUGGAGCCGCGCGGAGAGGGAGGCCGCAAGCUGCCCCAGUAUAUCGCAGCUUUGACGGCCACCCUGGGCGCGUUGGCUGCCGGGUCUAUGCUCGGCUGGUCCUCACCAGUCAUAUUCAAAAUCACACAAGCCAACAGCACCGAUUAUGAUUUCGAAGUCUCUCAAUCCCAGGGCGACUGGGUGUCAUCGCUCAUCAACCUCGGCGCCGCAGCUGUUUGCUUCCCCAUCGGACUCAUCAUGGACGCUCUGGGACGGAAGAAGACCAUGUUGUGUCUCGUAGCUCCUUUCACGUUGGGCUGGCUUCUCAUUACCUUUGCAACCAACGUCGGAAUGCUAAUGGCUGGGAGAAUUAUAACCGGUAUAGCCGGCGGAGCAUUCUGCGUCACCGCCCCCGCAUACACCAGUGAAAUAGCGCAGGACUCCAUACGCGGCACCCUCGGCAGCUACUUCCAGUUGAUGGUCACAGUCGGUAUCCUCUUCUCCUACGUCGUAGGAAGCUACACCAGUGUAUUCGUCUUCAACAUUCUUUGUACCAUCAUUCCAAUUAUAUUUGGUAUCGUUUUCUUCUUCAUGCCCGAAAGCCCCAACUUCUUAGUGGUGAAGGGCAGGAACGAUGAAGCGAAAGAAGCUCUAAUCAGACUCCGAGGUAGGAAUUACGACGUCGAUACUGAAUUGGAUACCCUGAUCAACAAAGCUGAAGAGGCGAAAAACAACCCGGUAUCAUUUCUGUCCGCUAUCACGAAGAAGACGGCGCUGAAAGCUAUUCUCAUCUGCUACGCUCUGAUGUUGUUCCAGCAGCUAUCUGGUAUCAACGCCGUAAUCUUCAACACGUCCGCUAUAUUUGCGAGCGCCGGUGCGGCCAUCCCGAGCGCUAUUGCCACUAUCAUUAUCGGCGUGAUCCAAGUGAUCGCUACCUUUGUUUCCAGUUUGGUGGUCGAUAAACUGGGUAGAAGAGUUCUCCUCCUUUUCUCUGCUCUAGUCAUGUGCGUUUGCUCCACCGCUCUCGGCGUAUUUUUCUUCAUGCAAGGCGUCCACGGUCCCGAAUCAUCCAUCGUACAGGCGAUGUCAUGGCUGCCGUUGUUAUCCCUUUCCCUGUUCAUAAUCGCUUUCUCUCUGGGCUUCGGUCCCAUCCCUUGGAUGAUGGCGGGCGAACUCUGCUUAAUCGAUAUCAAAGCUUUCGUCGGCUCCACCGCCGGAACUCUCAACUGGCUGCUCAGUUUCACGGUCACCAGCACCUUCAACUCAUUGAACAAAUCGAUCGGACAGGGACAAGUUUUCUGGUUGUUUGCCGGCAUUAUGCUCGUUGGCUUUAUAUUCAUCUUCUUUGUCAUACCGGAGACGAAAGGAAAAAGCGUAGACGAGAUUCAAAUAAUGUUAGGCGCGGAACCCCAGCCCCAGACCAAUACCACCACCACAAAAAAAUAAACCAAUCAAAGAGACUGAAUGGAAGAGUAUUUUUUUAUAUAAAGACUUACUAGAUGUUAGUCUACGAUUGGCUAAUUGUUUCUUUGGUGUCACAAUUGUGCUACGAAAAGCAAUAUUUUUGUCUAUGUGUUACCAAAGAUUUGUCCUCUGUCUGGAUUUUGCAUUCCACUAUCGACACUUAGAUUAAGGAAAUGGUAGGUUAUUUUUUUUAGUGUAUUUUGUAAUGGUAGCAAAUAUGUUAAGGCAGCUGAUUUGAUAUCCAUUUUUAAUAUCGAAUUCUAUGACUCUGUGGUAGAAUUUGUGUCAUUCUGACAUUUAGAAAUGUUUUGUAAAAUGAAAUUGUUUUUAGCCGUGAUUGUAAUUUAUGGAAUCAUAUCACAGAAAG